UUUCUCCAGAAUUAUCGAUUCGAUGGCGCCACUGGCCGAGCCCGCGGGAGUCUUUGUGCCGCUCCCUACGCCGUAUGCGUCUGUGGCAACAGAAAGCCGGAAGGGCAUCCCACCUGCCCACCGCGCGUCCGUUUACCUGUACCUGUGCUGCGAGAGCGUGAUCACCCCGACGUUCGUCGAAGCGUCAUACGGAGCUGCGAUGGCGCAAGUGUUUCAUUCCGGCGUUCCCAUCGCCCUGACGCAUCACACGACCUACUUUGGUGGGUGUGUCGAGCUCGCGCCGUUCGACUUGACCCCGCCGCAAGUCGAGUCGUUCCAUCGGCUUUGCAUCCUGUUUAAAAAUCUCAGCGGGAUCAACUAUUGUCCCUACCUCGUCCAUUUGAUUCCGCUCCUUCUCACGCAAGCGUCGGAAGCAGCCACGUUCGUCGCCGUCUCGAAUCUGCUGAAGGCACACCAGGCGCCAGGACCGCCCUCGACGUACAGGAAACUUCCCGCCAGCGCGAUGGCUGACAUGACCCUCGUUCGCUUUUUCAAAGGGAUUCUCAAGUGGCGGUACUCGAAAAUCGCGACGGCACUGCACAACUGCCAAGCCGACAGCGACGAGAUUUUCACCACCUUGUUUCAUCAGUUCUUUGUCGGGUUCUUUCCCAUGCCUGUUGUGCAUCGCGUCGUGGACAGCUACUUGGCCGAUGGACCGAAGAUCUUGUGCCGCGUUCUCUUGGCCGUGUUUAAGUUCACCAGGCACGAAAUGGUCCACUGCACAGCGACCGGCGAGGCGUGGUGGGCAGUGCUCCAUGCGCUUGUCAACGGCCCGUCCUUUGACUUUGACGCGAUGUUUGCCGCCGCGUACCGUCGCUGGUACGGCUACCUCUUCAAGAAAGCCAACAUCGAAGCCAUGCACAAGUUGCUGGAAAAGCAAACGUCCGUGCAUGUUGAGACAGCCAACCAUGCACACCACAACGAUGGUCACUACCACAUGCCCCUCCUCAUUGCACCGCGAUCCCGGUCGGGACGGCUUCUGGACCCUUGCCGCGAUACCGUCGUGCCGACGUGGCUUCCGCCGGCCUUGCAAAUGAAGCACCUGAGUCUGGUGUACACGGCAGAAGUCGACGGUCGCGGCCUCGAGCGGCUGUACACGCAUUGCGAAGCAGCCGAGUCGCCAGAGAUGCUCCUGCUUGUCGAAGAGCUCGCAACGUCCAGCAUCAUUGGCGUGUUUGUGUCGCAGCCGCUGCAAAUCCAGCCGACGUUUUUCGGCGACCACCGGUGCUUUCCGUUUGUGUUGGCCCCGACCCCCCAUGUCUUCAAACAAGCCACGUCCCCGACGCACCACGACACCACGACGCCCCCCGCUGCUACAGUGCUCAAGUACAUGCUGUGCCUGCCAACCAUGAUGUCGUUUGGCGUGUGUGCGUCGUCAAGUGCGGCGGCGCUCGAACUAGACGAAGACCUCAUGCGUGGCAAGAGCGAUGAAAGCGAUUUGUUCCAGAGCCCCCCGCUCGUCGGGACCACCACCGCCGAGUUCGACGUUGGCGGUGUCGAAGUGUAUGCGUUCUCGUUGGACUAAGCACGGCCGUCGACAGGCGAUAAGGACUCGGUGUAUAUGGGAGUCGUGGUUUGCCGAUCGA